CUUAGUUUCGUCGCAUUUCCUAUCAAACUCAUAUUGCAGUUCAGCGACUUUCGAGGUGUCUUCGUGUUUUGUCGUCUUGUCGUUUUUGUAAAUAGAGGAGUAAAGUGGAGAGGCUUUUAGUCAGGACGAUGAAACUGAGAUAGUUCAACUACAAUACAUCAUCAACCUUUUACAAGAUGAGUAGCAACCAUCAUAUGGGCAGAGUCGCUCCAAAUGGGGAGAUAGAGCAUACCACCUUUCUCUCAGACCAUAUAGGAGCAUUGUAUUUGAAUGAUGAAUACAGUGAUGUGGUUCUUACUGUUGAUGGCCAGCGUUUUUAUGGCCAUAAAGUCAUUUUGGCAGCAUGUAGUGAAUAUUUCAGAGCUCUGUUAUUUGGAGGUCUUCGUGAAUCAAAACAAGCAGAAAUUGAACUUAAGGGAACAAACUUGCAUGCAUUCAAAGCCCUCUUGAAAUAUAUAUACACAGGUCACAUGUCACUUGCCAAUCAAAAGGAGGAGGUUAUUUUAGAAACAUUGGGACUAGCUCACCAGUACGGCUUUGUGGAUCUUGAAUCAAGCAUUGCUGACUACUUACGCCAAAUAUUGCAAAUACGCAAUGUUUGUAUGAUUUAUGAUGCUGCCAGACUCUAUGAGCUGCAGUUUCUUAUUCGUGUUUGUUGCUCGUUCAUGGACAAAAAUGCUCAGGAAAUUAUUAAGCAUGAGUCAUUUUUGCACCUCUCGCCAACUGGCUUGAAGGCUUUAAUUGAAAGAGAUUCAUUUUAUGCCCGUGAGGUGGAAAUAUUUCAAGCUGUUGUUGAAUGGGUUCGAGCUAAUCAAGCAGAUUGUAUCGACAAUGGUUCUAUCUAUAGCAGUCAUGAUGGCUCAGAAGAUAGUGGAGAGAGUUCUGCUUUAACUGCUGCCUCUGCUGCAGUUAUGAGUGCUGUUCGUCUACCACUUAUAAGCCUGACAGAACUCCUCACAGUGGUGAGACCCACAAAUCUUGUUUCUCCAGGUACAAUUCUAGAUGCAAUUGCAGUCCGUAAUCAAGGGAGAGACACUGAAUUACGGUAUCGAGGGUGCCUCAUGCCUGAAGAAAAUAUGGCCCACCCUACCCAUGGGACGCAAGUUGUUCAAGGAGGAAUGAGAUCUGCUCUGCUAGAUGGAGACAGUAAGAAUUAUGAUAUGGAACGAGGAUAUACAAGACAUGCCAUUAACGAAGAAGGUGAUGAGGGAAUUCUAAUCAAACUUGGAAGAGAAUGUAUCUUAAAUCACUUCAAAAUGCUAUUGUGGGAUAAAGACAUGAGGUCUUACCAGUAUUACAUUGAAGUGUCAAUGGAUCAAAAGGACUGGGUUCGUGUUAUUGACCAUACUCUCUACUUUUGCCGCUCAUGGCAGUUCUUAUAUUUUGAACCAAGAGUAAUUCAAUAUAUCCGUAUUGUUGGAACAAACAACACUGUAAAUAAAGUGUUCCAUGUAGUGUCCUUUGAAGCAAUGUUCACCAAUACUCCAUUCGUCUUGGAAAAGGGACUCAUUGUUCCAAAACAUAAUGUUGCCACUGUGGAGAAAAGUGCUUCUGUCAUAGAGGGUGUAAGUCGGAGCAGAAACACAUUACUUAAUGGUAAUACAAACAAUUAUGAUUGGGACUCUGGCUACACUUGCCACCAGCUAGGAAGUGGUUCUAUUCUCAUACAGCUAGGCCAGCCUUAUAUGUUGGAUUCUAUGAGAUUAUUGUUAUGGGAUUGUGACGAUCGAUCGUAUGGGUUUUAUGUGGAAACCACUAUUAAUUUCCGAGAUUGGGAACUCACUAUUGAUAAAACGAGAGAAAGUUGUCGUUCCUGGAUGACCCUGCACUUUGACCGCCGGCCAGUUGUCGGAAUAAGGAUAGUGGGAACCCACAACACAGCAAAUGAGGUUUUCCACUGUGUACAUUUUGAAUGCCCUGCCCAGACUGAUGAUAAUAGACAGCAGCAUGCUGAUUGUUCCAAAUUUGGAAAUCAUAGAGGUGGACCUAGCCAUAGCCGAGAUGCCAUACCAUCCACUUCUGCUCCAACUGAAACCGCAAGUGAAGCAGGUGAAAUUCACAGCAAUGACAGAAGAAGUCCUAGCAAUAUUGGAACAGCUUCUCUGGCUUUGCUAAGACCCUCAACUGCAAGAGCUGCAGAUUUUGCGGGUCUUGGGGCAGUUGGUGGAGUUGGUGCAGGUGUUGCACUGGGAGCAGAGGCAUUUGAUGUUUUAGAUGAUGGAGGUGCCCCCUCAGUACCUUCUCGUCCGAAACGUUUUUCCCACAGUUCUGAUUUUCAAGAUAGAGGGGGUCCUUCUGGAGGAGCAGGAGGUAGCUGUCUGUAAUUAGCCAAGGCUUAGAGACUGAAAUAUUUGUAAAGAACUUUGUCAACUGUCUGUGAUUAAGAAGCAAGCCCAUUUUGAGGUAAAGUUGUUGGGAUGUGUGGUUCUUUUGCUCUAGUAUUGGUAAACUUCUGUGAUUUAACUACUGGAUUUUCUUGAUCACUUUUCAUAAACUAUUUUAUUUCUUCCUACUUUCUACUCCUAUGGAUUAUUUUUCAUGUUAGAAGUUCUUUAGCAGUACUACUCAAUGUUGUCAGAAAUCAAAAUAUUUAUCAUUAAGCCUUUUGAAAAAUUUUGUUGAUAUGUAUGUUUCUUUCAGUCAAGAACUUUUAUAGGUGAAUCAUUUGUGAAAAUGCUCUUCGUGUUAGGAAAUAAACAACAGAGUUGUUUUAUUUAUCAAACUACUUAAAAUUAUAAAAGAAUCUCAUCUCCUAUAAUGUGGCUUUAUUCUAUCUACUCGUAGUUAUGAACAUUGCAUAAUUAGGAAAGUAGUUGAUGUUUUAGUGUAGUGAAAAGUCUUUUGCAGUUUUAAUCAAACUAAUUCAUCAUCAAAUGAUUUGACUACUUCAGUAGAGAAGUAAUUGUUAUUCUGUUCUCAUAAGAGAAGUUAAUAUUCUUUACUCAUGUAUGUUGUAAAUUGUUUAACGUGUACUGUAAUAUUCAUUGUUGUUGCUUUAACUUAUUUCUUUUGCUGCAGUCUAUCCAAAGUUAAGCUGUUGAUAUUAAUCCUCCUUUUUUAAAGGUUAUUCCUCCCCUUGUUUUUAGAUAAGAAUUACCGGUACCAUAAUCAGCACUCUUCAAAUUGUGUAUUAGUCAAAAGGAAACUAAAAUACCGGAUUUAGUAUACAUACCUGACAGGUGUAAUUUGUAAAGAGUGGCAAAUUAUCCAAAAUGGAAUUAACAACCAUGUUUGUACUAACACCUUUUUGAGCACAUUCAAAUUGCUAGAUGUUCAAAGAUUUUUAACUGAAACCAAGGAACAAAAUAUGCAAGUCUGCUCGUAAAAGUUAAUUGUAUAUUGUAUCGUGUAGGUCUUGUCCUUGAUAAUGUAUACUGCUUUUUUCUUAUUUUCUCCCUCUCAGUUUUCACAUCUAGUUGUUGUUAAUAUCAUGGUUUGUCUAUUUGAUCCUUAUUAAUAAAUGAAUAAAGUUUAUGUAAACCUUCA